GGGGGCGGGGCGGUCCCGCGCGCUGUUGCCGGGGCUGUGCUCUCGGCCGCUCCGCGACGCCGGGGACUGAAGCGACGUCUGACGCUUUCCGUCCGUCUGUCCCUCCGCCCGCGCGUCCCCGUCGCUGCAUUAUGUCCCGCUCCGCGCUGGCGGCGCUGGCCCGUGGGCUGGCGCUGGCCGCGCUGCUGGUGCUGAGCCCGGCGCAGGCGGCGCGGCAGAGGCCCAACGUGGUGCUCAUCCUCACUGACGACCAGGACGUCUUCCUGGGCGGCAUGACCCCCAUGAAGAAGACCAAUGCCCUCAUUGCGCAGAUGGGAGUCACCUUUUCAAACGCCUAUGUUCCCAGUGCACUUUGCUGCCCCAGUCGUGCGAGCAUUUUAACAGGGAAAUACCCUCAUAACCACCACGUUGUCAAUAACACUCUGGAAGGAAACUGCAGCAGCAAGUUGUGGCAGAAGAUACAAGAACCAAACACCUUCCCAGCACUGCUCAAGUCAAUGUGUGGUUAUCAGACGUUCUUUGCUGGAAAGUACUUGAAUGAGUAUGGAGCAGAGGAUGCAGGGGGAGUAAGUCAUGUCCCUCCGGGAUGGAGUUUUUGGUAUGCUCUGGAGAAAAAUUCCAAGUACUACAAUUAUACUCUUUCAGUAAAUGGCAAAGCACGAAGGCAUGGUGAGAACUACAGUGUCGAUUAUCUGACGGAUGUGCUGGCUAACAUGUCAUUGGACUUCUUGGAGUACAAAUCUAAUUUUGAACCUUUCUUUAUGAUGAUCUCAACCCCAGCACCACAUUCGCCUUGGACAGCUGCUCCGCAGUAUAAAAACGACUUUCUGAAUGUCAGUGCACCAAGAAACAGCAAUUUUAACAUUCAUGGGAAGAACAAGCAUUGGUUAAUUCGACAAGCAAAGACUCCAAUGACUAACUCUUCAAUACAGUUUCUUGAUGAUGCUUACAGGAAGAGGUGGCAAACUCUGCUGUCAGUAGAUGACCUGGUAGAGAAGCUAGUGAAGAAAUUGGAAAUCCAUGGAGAAUUAGAUAACACGUACAUCUUUUACACAUCCGACAACGGUUUUCAUACUGGGCAGUUUUCUUUGCCAAUAGACAAACGGCAGCUGUAUGAGUUUGACAUCAAAGUUCCAUUGCUAGUCCGAGGACCGGGGAUAAAACCAAAUCAGACAAACAAGAUGCUUGUCGCAAAUAUUGAUUUGGGUCCCACUAUUCUGGAUAUUGCGGGAUAUGACUUGAAUAAGACCCAGAUGGAUGGAAUGUCACUGUUGCCACUGUUGAGAGGAGACAAAAAUGUGACAUGGAGAUCAGACUUUUUGGUGGAGUACCAAGGAGAAGGAUACAAUGGCAGUGAUCCUACCUGUCCUGGCCUCGGACCCGGUGUCACACACUGCUUCCCAGACUGUGUCUGUGAAGAUUCCUAUAACAACACAUAUGCUUGUGUAAGGACAAUGUCAACUUCCUGGGAUCUGCAGUACUGUGAAUUUGAUGACCGGGAGGUGUUUGUGGAGGUAUAUAACCUGACUGCGGAUCCACACCAGAUCAAUAACAUUGCCAAAACAAUCGAUCAAGAAAUUCUAGAGAAGAUGAAUUAUCGAUUAAUGAUGCUGCAGUCCUGUUCAGGAGCAACAUGCCGUACACCUGGAGUCUUUGAUCCUGGGUACAGAUUUGACCCACGGCUGAUGUUCAGCAAUCACGGUGUUCGGGCUCGGAGGUUUUCUACACGCUCCUUACCAAGCAUUUAAGAGCCUCUUGUAAUCAGCUCCCACUGACCAGUUUCUCCAGUGACUGCAGCAGGUCUGUCUCUGAAACUCUUGUUGAUCACAGCUGGAAGACUUACUGGGCUAUUCAAACCCUGUUUGGAAGAAAAAACCCUUGUCUUUAGCUGGUUGCCUUGUGCAAUAUGUAUAUUUUACAGCUGAACUGUAACUAAAUCAUUAGACACAGCUAAAUCUCUCUUAUUCAGAUAAUUGAUUACCACCUUUGUCUUUCAAAUAUCUUUUCGUACCCUAGGCACAGAGGUGAAUCUAUGGCCUAUGAAUCUGAACAGUUUAUUUUGUUCUAAAAAAAAUCAGUAAAUGCAUAGUUGAAUUGGGUUAGAUAGGCAGGUGCUAUUGCACAGUAACGCUCACCUAUAUUCAGCGUCACACACUUUCCUGAAGGCUGUGUUUAUGGAUCGAUUUCCUGUGUUGAGCUCAAAGCUCUUAUUGACAAUAGCAAACUAGCCCAAAACAGCAUAGGGAAGGCAUUAGUCAAAACUGUAGGAUCUGACUAGCAAGAGUCUUUUGCAGAACUAAAAUAAGUAUGCAAAGCAUCUUCUUUUAAUGAGACCACUUUAAAUGAGACCAAUGAAUUUUUUAGAUCUGCUUUGGUGGCUUGCAAACAAGAAUGUAAUUUCAGCCUCCUAGUUUGAAAUGCUGGAUUGGGUUAAUAUGUACUACUGAAAAAAACUCUUAAGGUUUAACAUAGGCUUCCUGCUGUGUUAAUCAAAACAGUGUUGGGACUAACAAGUACUCAAAUAAGCGUGCCUGUGUUCUGAGCUAACCAUUAAAUCUAUUUCAGUACGUGGAAAGAAGUAAUACUAAAAGCCAACAAAAACACACAGGGCACAGCAAUGGAGUUGAUCUAUCUCUAACCUCCAACUACCUGGAAUUGUCUAACAUAUCAGUUAGAUUCUUGAAGGUAAACUGUUUUGAGAGAAAACUAACUAAAAUAAGUAAAUCACUGUUCACUAGAAGUUAGAGGGCAAUUUUAGGCAGUUUAAGUACUUCUUAGUUAACUUUUGGUUGAGACAUAACUAAUACAGAAUCUGCAGUAAGUGGCCUUCACACCAAAGGACUGCAUGUCGGGCAUCUGACCAGUACGUUAUCGUUUGGUUUCCCUUUGGAAAGGUGAUGUUGUUGUCUUUUCAACUUUCUGAUUAGGCUCGUCUGAAAUGCAGCUGUCACUUGUACCCAAACUUGAAUAUCUUCCUAAAUCUUGAAAAACACCUGAAUUUGAGUUAGUAUGCAACUUUUCUGUAGAUUAUUGGCAAAACACCUUCUAGAAACACCAAAUUGUGUGUACUUUGCAAGACAAAUUCAUGUUGCUUAUGCAUAAAUCAACUGUAUUAUCAGGCAAGAUAAUCUUUCCCUUUUCAGACAAACCAUAACACAACUCUCCAGUUUUCAGCCAGCUAUUUUAGAUCUCUCCUUUAAAGAGGAUGUUUUCAAUUUCUGUUGCCUAAAGCCUUCUAUCAAGGGGGGGAGGAAAAAAAUACUAACGAACUAACAAGGCAACGAAGUGCAACUGUAUCCUAACUGUAGAGGUACAUACCCCAAUACACAGAUCUGUACACUGGAUAAAAAUAAUGCUAAAAAUCAGCUAUUUCCUUUUGAUUCUGAAGCACAGAAUUUGCCUUUUAUUUAGCUUAGCUGCAAACUUCUGUGAUGGCAUACAGCUUAGGUUUUAUAGAGCUUUUAUUUCAAAUCCAACUCAACGUUUCAAAUCUCUUGAGUGACCAAAUGAUUGGAGACAAAAUGCUUGAAAGGUAACUUCUCAGCUGGAGUAUCUGUAUCAAUACUGAGGCUUUUGGAUACUCUUAAACUACUUACAUGCUUUCAGAUACUCAGGACUUCUUUUCCUCCAUUACAGUUGUAGCUUUAUCUUUUUCUUUGUUUUUUAAGCCUUAGUAUUGUCUAUCAAUAUCAUUUAGGCUCUGCUUUGACUUUUAAAAACCAAACCAAAGUUGUUUGUGCUCUCAAGUGUUUUCUUGCACACUGAGCUAAACCUAAGGUUUAUUUACUUAGUGUCUUGCUUAGGGUUGGUUUUUGUUUAAACUUCAUUUUGGUAACUGUCUGGAGGCUAAUAUAAAACACAGUUUGCUGUACAUUAAAUCCUCCAUAGCCCUAUCAAAUCUAGGGGAUCAUAUGUCACCUUCCUCCUUCUGUUAAGUUUCAGCGCAAGUAAUGCGCAUCAUGCUUCUCAAUAGAGGAAAAAAUAGAAAAAUCUUUUGGGUACAGGAAGUGAUCUAAAGCCAUAGUAAACAAAUCUAUAUUUUUGAACAUUUUGCUUUUUGCCUAAUAAAUAACAUGGAAGAUGACAGAGUUGCUGUAGAUAUUAAACACAUGAUGAGACAAUUGUGCCCAGGUCAGCACUUGUGCUCUCUGUAAGCACUGUAAACAAUUGCCCAUCUAAGUAGACUCAAUAACUUUCCUUCUGCACUCAGUGUCAGAGAAUCACACCAUACCUGAAAUCUGUCAUAGGUAAUAGGUGUCGUGUUCAGUUGAAAUUCAGAAUGAAAUGAGUCAGUCCUUGCUCAACCAAAACAGGGAGAAGGGCUGUUUGGGAAAAUAACUUCUCACUUUGGAUGAAGAUUCAAGAGCUAUUCAGCAGAAGCACGUAGUUGAAGGAAGAACAGGAACAAACAGCUGCCUGGCUUCCGUUACCUUAGGGGAGUUUGUUGUGACUUGUCCUGUAUCUAUUUCCAUGAAUAAUUCUGAGUCUUUGAAGAGCCCUGAAUGAACAGUAUUAAUUCUUGACUUAAAAUAAAAAUAUUAUGAAGGAACUUUUAACUCACAGCCAGAUCUGAUUCCCAACCAAAUGGUUUUUAUGGCUAAAUUGCCUUUCUUGGAUGUUCCACUUCGUAUGCAAUGUGAUCAUAGCUGUAUCCAUACCCUGGUACUGAAGGCAUUUGUGUCAAAUGAAGGGGCCUUAUUGGUGCAGAGUUAUGUUUAGGUAAAAUGUGAUUAUUUUUUUUUAUAAAUCGUCAUUAUCAAAAGCAGAGCUGUGAACUUUAAUGAUCUGAGCUGGUAAAGUAGAUACUAUGCAGGGGGAAAAUGGUUAACGAUUACAUUAUCCUGUAACAAACCACAUUGUGUCAUCACUUCAGCCUAAGUGUGCACAGCCAGUGCAUGUUUACCCAGUGUAGGCCCAGCACACUGGUGUUCUGUGUGGGAAAUAGAGCUGUAAUGCAGACAGACAUGCAAUCAUGUACUCAAAGUAGGUACAGUACCUGUUCCAACAAGUCGAGAUUGACUGAUUAUACAAUAUUUCAACGACUUUCAGUUUUACUGUGAUUCAGUUAAAGUGAUUUUUGUUUGUAGUACUCUUCUCUGUAUGUGAGCAUACUUUGGCGUAGCGUGUUGUGAGCAUACUUAAUUUCUGCUGUUUUGAACGUUUGUUUAGAAAGUGCCCUUCCAGAGGACCCUGUUCACUGCUGCACUUUUGGGGAAAGAAAAAAUAAACUGCCUAUCAAACUUCUUCCCUUUGUUACCGAAUUUCAAUUAAACCUUUCCAAAGGA